UAGUACUUCCAUUCCUUGUUCUAUCUCCAUCUUACAAAAAUUCCAUUUCUUGUUCUAUCUCCAUCCUCAAUUUCUCAAAGCAUUUCUCUCACCUUAAACUCAAGACUCUGUUGUAAGUAAGCUUCUGAAAGCCCUCAUCUUGAACAGCUUCUACUACUUUGGGAACUUGUAGAAGAUAUGGAGAGGAGGCAAUUGAUCUGUAUUGGAGUAUGUUUUCUAGGGCUCUUAGCUGCUGCACUAGGUUUCGCUGCAGAAUCUAAGAGGAUCAAGAGAUCUGAUAUUGAGUUUUACUCUUCUGGCGAAUGUACAUACCCCAAAAGCCCAGCUUUCGCCCUCGGGUUGACUGCAUUUUUGCUUCUUGUAGUUGCUCAUGCAAUUAUUAAUGCUUCAGCUGGCUGUAUUUGUUGUAACAACAGUGCUUGGAUGUCACUCUUCGCUGUGCUUUCCUGGUCGAUGUUUGCUUUAGCAUCUAUUCUGUUACUUGUGGGAUCGGUUCUGAAUAACCGACAUACUAUGGAUGACCCCAUUAACUUCUGUUACGGAGUUCGUGAGCCUUGGAUAUUUGUAAACGGUGCAUUAUUGGGUCUUCUCAGUGUUACCUUUGGGAUCUUUUAUUUUAUCACCCAUCUUCAACCAACGGCAUGAGCCAAAUGGGGACCCCUGUCAUGGAAGUAUUGCGAUGACCCAACCUCAAGUCCCAGCUCAAAUAACUCUACAACCGGUAUAAGUUCCUGAAGAUACGUAUAGUCGGCGGCAACUCGUGUAGCAAUACCUUUGGCAUUCAGUAGCUAGAAACUCUUUUUAUUAUGUCUAUAUAUAUAAGAUCGACAUUUGAACUCAAUGCGGUGCACAGGACAUGUUAUAAAUAGUACCCAAAAAGAAUGGCACUGUCUUCUAUUUUUCU